AUGCCACAGCAGAAGACGAAGGGCGAGGCAGAGACCUCAGAAAGAUCCACGUCCUCGGUCUUCACAGGCCAUAGCUACAGCAAAGAAUGCGUAGUUUUCUUUGGUGAUUGCGGUCACAUCCUCGCUAGCAACAAAGCAUUCGGCAUACCAACAAAGCUCACAUCAAAGCUUGCAGUGGUUUUGAACGCUGAUAGGGACCCCGUCUUCCGAUUCUUGAUUAAUUUCCCGCUUGGUGAUGCUCAGAUAGCCAACGAGAACGCCGGAUUUGGCGUCAAAUAUCAAUUUGAUCAUACUUUGAACAUUGUUGCUGCAAUUGAUCAACACACCAUCGAAGUCCAGUUCCCCCGUGAUUUGACGCAGGUCACAUGCGAUGCUGCUCCACAAUCUGUUGUUGACCGAUUUCCCAAUGCCAAGAUUAGGGGCAGAGAAUAUCUGACCAUCGUGAGGGUCUCUAUCAGAACACCAGUGACUGUGAUAGGCUUUGGUCCCUUCUGUAGUCCAGAUGCUGAGGUCAACGGUUGGGUCAAUGACAACCAGCCUAUCGGCGACGGAGGCGAUCUACAGAGCUUCCUCCGGCAGAACGAGUUCACUUUCCUAUUGAACGACGCCGCGAAACACAUUGUGAACAGAGUCAACCCGGAGAGACUUCCUGGGCUCUUUCGAUUUCCUUACGGCGAUGAUCAAUCUUGGGAUGUGGUCCGACUAGGCGAGGAAGCCCGGACUAUCAAGGGUCAUCGAUUCCGGCCCCGACACAGCCAUCCCAAUGAUCUUAGUCUUGUGACAGCUCUUGUUCAAGGAACAUCUCAGGAUAUCAUGUGGUUAGAGGAUUGGCGUGCUGAGAUUUCUUUAAUUCUGUUCCCAGCCUAUUUUAUCCCCAUUGAGGACGACUCUACUCAAUGCUUUUACUUGAUCAUCGGAUUGAACAAGAACCUUCUAAGCUACUAUGACCAAGCAUGGCGGCGUCUUUCGAAAAAAGGUCUCCUCAAUGUUUGUCUAUUCGAAAGCCCUGCUGAUGAAACGUUGUAUGAACGUUGGCAAGCAAAGAUUAUGAACCAUCCUGAGCUUUUCUUACUUGUCAGACGGCCGGUACAGGAUUCUGACACGAACUACGGUCACAAGGUUACUGCAGCGAACCUGCUUCUACAUAAUGCCGUCCCUGUUAACUUUACGCAAUUGGGUCUCCCAUCGGAUCACGACAACUCGUCCGUGGUGAUGCAAGAGGACGACAUGAACAGCACCGAGAGGGCUGUCUUAGCCAAUGUUCGAGACCGCAUGGACUUGCAGCGAGCUCUCAUGCGCGGAAAAGGGUUUUUCGAGUGGAUGUCGAAGCCAGAAACGGAUAUUGAGCAGAGCCAUUCGAUGGCGCUUCGCCAACUGCCUCUUCACAACUUUCUCAACGCCAUUGACAAGGAAUACGCUGAAGCCAUCAUCGACGAAGCGCUUCCUCAAGAUCGAGCUCGCUUUCGUAAUUACCUAGAGCGCCGCCCGCUUGGUCUUGGUAUCGUCACAGGUGGACCUGGCUUUGGCAAGACCACCAUUGCAGCCGCUAUUACUCUUGCGAUGGAAGCAUCGCUUGGCAACUUCUUUGCGUCCGCCCCUACGAAUGUCGCUGUUGACAGUUUCGCCUCACGUAUCGAGAGUCGUGGCCGUGCCAUAACAGCCCGCUACAAUGAAGGUAAAGAGACUAUGGGGAAGACUCCCAAGGCCCUGCAUAGACUUGUUGUUCGCGUCUACAAGCACAAGGAUGAAUGCGUGGCCUUUCUUAGGCUUCUCGAAAACCCCAAUGACAGUGAUUCCAUUUCCCCGGGAUCAGUCUUUCGGAAUCCAUCGAAAUGGAAGCUGCAUCUAUCAAGUACUUGCUGGCUUCUUAUGGUCCUUUACUCGCCUAUCGUUAGGCCGCUACACCCCAAAGAUGCCCUGACUUUGCACCGUCUGCAGCGGGAAAUCGAGGCUUUGCCUGACCUUGCGAGUCUCCGUGCCUUGGCAAAACAGGAGGCUUCUUGGGAAGAAGCCCGCAAAGCCACCGAAGAAUUUGAGAUCUGUAUUUCGAAAGCUCAAGACCAUCUCAAGGGUAUUCCCGCAAGGGCCGAUAUCCUGUGUGCAACUCCUGCCGCUUCGGUGAAUGAUAAACGUGUUCUGGCCUUCAAGCUUCGUACCUCAGGUUUUGCUAUUGAUGAGGCCGCCAAUAUGACAAGGACCGACCUCUUGUGUGACUCCAAGCACCCGCUGAAGGAUGCACCCGCAGUGUACAUCAACCGCUUUGCAUUAGGCGCCUGGAUCUCGGCUUUGGAAUACGUGCAAGCUGCUGGUAUCCCGACAUUACGCCUGAAAACGCAGCUUCGCAUGGCGAAGGGUAUAUUUGACACCGUUUCGGAUGCCAUGUAUCCUGAAGUGCUUUUCUCAUAUCACGUGUCCCGGAGCGUCGAAUACUCCUCCGAAUUCAAAAUUGGUCUCGAAUUCGAGUCCUUUGCUCGAGCUCGCUACCCUGAUCUUGCCCCUUCCCCAGUGGGUACCCUCAAGCCCUUCUUCGUUCACUGCAAAGGUGUCGCUGUUCUCAAGGAUAAGAAGAGCGGAUCCAAGCGAAGUUUCAGACAGGUCAGGAUUGCUCUAGACUUUAUCCUAGACUUUGUAGUUAGCAGAAAUAUCGACCCGACCCGAAUCUCGCCGAUCACGCCGUAUGCAGCUAACUUGGAUCUAAUCAACAGACUUCUGAAAAGGGAGAAGUACGCUGCUUUAUCAACAAUGCCCAGGGCUUCAACAAUCGACUCGAUCCAAGGUCAAGAAAAUGACAUCGUUGUCGCUAUCACAGGAACAAAUCAAGACGUGGGUCCGGGGUUCACUGCGGACCCACGACGACUUAACGCGAUGCUCACCCGGGCCAAAUGCGGUCUUGCAAUCGUUGGAGAUAUCCGCGUAGCCAAACGCACUGAGCGCAAUGGCAACGUCAAAGGCUGA